GUCAAAUUGGCCAUGACCUGGCAGCAGGGUCCCACGUGAUGGCGUGGCAUGGAUGAUCGGCGCUACUGCGCGGUCACCGACAGUUCUGAAACAUUUCGCAGCCCUAUCACGCAACUUUACAACAAACAUCUAUACCGCAUCCACAGUCGUUCGACAACUCCAACAUGGCAGAGAACACCAAGCCAGCUCCCCCAGCCGAAGGUGCCGGUGCUCCUCUUGGUGACUCCACAGAGAAGCAGGAUGAGUCCAUCGCACCUCAGUCCACGGAGUCUGCAGAGAAAGGUCUCGAGGCCAACACCGAGAAGAAAGAGAUUGACGAUGUAGUCAGUGGCACAGCUGGACUUGCCCUUGACGAGAAGAAGGCCGAGGAGCCCAUGCCACCCGUUGCUCCCCAACCUGCAAUCGGCGUCGAGAGUGUUCCCACAGAAGCAUCUCAGAAAGCCUCGGACGCGGUACCCGUUACUGCAACAGGCCCCAGUACCGUGCCUACGGCCGGUGACAGUGGUACUGCUGCCGGGGCUGCCGGUGUUGCUCCUGGUGUUGCCACUACUGCCACCGGUGCUGUCGCUGAUGCUCCCACCGGAGCUGCCACUGGCGCUGCUACUGGUACCUCUUCCUGGCCCGAAACCGCCGCUGACCACCCCCUGACCAAGUUCUACGAGACCUUCGAAGAGCUCGUCCAGCAGUCCGGCCACGACGAGGUCUACGGCGUCAAGCUGACCAAGUCCGACGAGUUCCACACCAAGCUCAUCCUUCAGAAGUUCCUGCGCGCCAACGCAAACGACCUCGACAAGGCCAAGCAGCAGCUCCUCGAGGCGCUGAAGUGGAGGAAGGAGUUUGAUCCGACCAAGGCAGCAGGCGAGAGCUUCGACAAGACGAAGUUCGAUGGUCUGGGCUACAUCAUCGAGGUGGACGGCGUGCCAGAGAGCGCGAACAAGAAGGACAUUGUCACAUUCAACAUCUACGGUGCCGUCAAGGACAACAAGGCUACUUUCGGCGACCUCGAUGCCUUCCUCCGCUGGCGCGUCGGCCUAAUGGAAAAGUCGAUCCAAAAGCUCAACCUCUCGUCCGCCACAAAGCCCAUCCCCAACUACAACGAAGGCCCCGACCCGUACCAGGGCUUCCAAGUGCACGACUACCUGCAAGUCUCGUUCCUGCGCCAGGACCCGCUCGUCAAGGCCGCGACCAAGAAGACGAUCGAAGUGCUCGGCCGAUACUACCCCGAGACCCUGUCGCGCAAGUUCUUCGUCAACGUGCCUGUCGUCAUGGGCUGGCUGUUCAACGCAACCAAGCUCUUCAUUGCUAAAGAGACGGUCAAGAAGUUCACUGUGCUUAGCUAUGGUAAUCAAUUGGCUACUGAGCUGGGUCAGAGCAUUCCCAUAGAGUAUGGUGGUACUCAGGGUGCGCUCAGCGAGGUUGGCGAGGGCAUGCAAUUUGCAGCCUGAAACGAACUCGUCUGAAACAGACGUUGUUGAGGAAGGGGAAGCAAGUAAUGGCAGGGGUUUGCGUCGCCAAUGUACGGCGAUUUGAUGCGCAGAAAGUUCAGCGAAAAGCUUUGAUAGCCUUCAUAUACCCAAUCAGAUGUUCGUU